GCCUCACCUGCCGGCGGCGCCUCCGCCGCCGUCCCACCUGUGCGCGUCUGGUGCGACGGAUGCUAUGAUAUGGUGCAUUAUGGGCACUCCAACCAGCUGCGCCAGGCUCAUGCGAUGGGAGAUUAUCUUAUUGUGGGAGUCCACACAGACGAAGAGAUCUCCAAGCAUAAAGGUCCUCCCGUCUUCACACAAGAGGAGAGAUACAAAAUGGUGAAGGCCAUCAAGUGGGUGGAUGAGAUUGUGCCAGGAGCUCCCUAUGUUACAACACUAGAAACUCUGGAUAAAUACAACUGUGACUUCUGUGUACAUGGAAAUGACAUCACUCUUACUGUGGAUGGCAAGGACACUUAUGAAGAAGUGAAGAAUGCUGGGAGAUAUCGGGAAUGUAAACGCACUCAGGGAGUGUCUACCACAGAUCUGGUUGGCCGUAUGCUGCUAAUGACCAAGGCUCACCACAGUAAUAUUGAUGAAGAUAUGGAUUAUCGGAAGCACAAAGAUAACUUUGGGAAGGGUCCUAAAGGACAUAGCCCCUGGACUGGAGUCUCUCAGUUUCUGCAGACAUCCCAGAAGAUCAUCCAGUUUGCAUCUGGCAAAGAGCCACAACCAGGGGACACCAUCAUCUAUGUGGCUGGUGCCUUUGACCUCUUUCACAUUGGUCAUGUGGAUUUUCUGGAGAAAGUGCACAAGCUGGCGGAGCGACCCUAUAUCAUUGUGGGGCUGCAUUUUGACCAGGAGGUGAAUCUGUACAAAGGCAAGAAUUAUCCCAUCAUGAAUGUGCAUGAACGAACUCUCAGUGUUCUGGCUUGCAGGUAUGUUUCUGAGGUAGUGAUUGGAGCACCUUAUGCAGUCUCAGCUGAUCUGCUGGAUCAUUUUAAGGUUGAUCUUGUAUGCCAUGGGAAGACUGAGGUGGUCCCAGACAGGGAUGGGUCAGACCCAUAUGAGGAACCUAAGAGACGUGGUAUCUUCCGGCUUGUAGACAGUGGCAACAAUCUCACCACGGAUCUGAUAGUGGAACGAAUAAUUAAGAACAGAUUGCAGUUUGAAGCUCGAAACCAGAAGAAAGAAGCAAAAGAACUAGCUGUGCUGGAAGCCAUGAAAAGGAGAGAGGAGGCCACACAGAAGGUGGCUCUACUAGGCCAGGAGGACCAUGAGAGCUAGCAUGGGGAGGAGGGCAGCAGAAUCCUCCCCUCCUGGAGCUGCGAAAUUUCUUAGAGGAUAGGAUACUGCUGCCAGCUGCAGCAAGGCCUGUGGUCGCAAUUCUCCUGGCUUCCAGUGCACCAACUAUGUUUGGGUAUCCAGGAUGCUGCUGCUACUUAGACCAGGCCAACUUCCCAUGGGAAGAUUUUUAACAUCACCCUCCUAAUAACAGUUUUCAAAUCCAAUUAACAAAACACUGUGUGGUUUUACCUUCUGACAUUGGAGCUGGGAAGUGGGGUCAUCUCUGCUCACCUUCUUUUUGACUCUGUACCUUUUACAGCAUCCCUCUAAUUUCUGUCUGUCAGAGACAACUUGGAAACCUUUAAAGUUGUCCUUCCUGGCCUAGCUCAUUGCCUAUAAAGCACUGAUGGGGUCCUAGAGUACUCACUGGAGUUAGGCCAGAUGCCUGUGGGCUUGUACUGGGCACAAAGAG